GUAAAGGGUGGUCAUUUCACAUAUCUUUUAGAAUGCGUUUCCUCCGUCCUGGUUCCGUUUCUUCCGAAUACCGGGGUUCGACUCCUCUCGACGAUCAAAGUCGUUGUUCCCAGGAACGUAUUGACUGGCUGAUCUUGUAACUUACAACAGUCCGAACGAAGUGACUCGAGACUAACGCGCGCCGGUGAUACACCCCUUCUUCCCCUCCCACCACCGCCAACAUGGCCUCCGACCGCAUCUCGCUCGAGUUCAUCACCACCGGCAACGUCUGGAUGCGCAACCCGAUGCAGGGCCAGCCGAUCGCCAACCGCAGCAUCGCCAUGCGCUUCCUCCGCUCCCUCACGGGCGACUGGAUCGGCCCCAUGCCGCUCGGGGCCUUCCUCAUCCACCACCCCGCCGGCCCGAUCCUCUUCGACACGGGCGUCUCGACGCACUGCACCGAGCCGGGCUACUUCCCCUGCUGGAACCCGGUCCCGGGCAUGCUCAACAAGCUCGAGGUCACGCGCGAGGACGGCAUCGUCGAGCAGCUGCGCCGCCGCGGCGUCAAGCCGACGGACCUGCAGUUCGUCGUCCUCAGCCACCUGCACCACGACCACGCCGGCGGGCUCGAGGAGCUCGCCGUCGCCGCGCCCGACGUGCCGGUCUACGUCGGCCCGGAGCACUGGGACGCCUUCGGGAAGCACCCGGUCUGGGCCGCCAUGCAAGGGUGCACGCCGGACCGCUGGCCGCCCGGCUUCGAGCCGCGCAUGCUCGACUUCGAGGAGGGGCGCGCCGUCGGGCCGUGGGGGCGGUCCUGCGUGCUGACGGCCAACGGCACCGUCGUCGCCGUCGACACGCCGGGCCACGUGCCGGGCCACGUCUCGCUCAUCGUCGUGGGCGACAACGACGACGGCACCACGACGCGGUACCUGCUCACGGGCGACGCCACGUACGCCAUCGACGUGCUGGAAAGGGAGGAGCCGGACGGCGCCAACGGUGACCCGGUCACGGCGUUUGAGAGCCUGCGCAAGAUCAAGGAGUACGCGAGGAGCCACGACGUCGUCGUCCUGCCGAGCCACGACCCGGAUACGCCACGGCUGUUGCGGGACAGGGUGGUGUAUCGGCCGAAGGACUAGGCGGAGGGGGACGUGAAGUCGUAGACUUGGUUUGAGCUGGGGGAAUGCUUGUCGUAUGAGGCUGCAAGAGGAGCUGGGGGUGCAGUCUUGCUUCCCAUGGUGUGCUCUCAUUGCUGGCGUUUCAUGGAGAUGUCGAAGCUAGGAGCUGAAAGUGGCGGAAAUGUACUAUUGUUCGUAAGUGUAGGAGUUGGGGGCCGGCCUUUUGUCAGGAAAGAUGUUUGAAGCUGGAUUUAGUAGAAGAGAGUGGUAUAAGUCAGGCGGACGCGUUCAUAGACACACCCGUAUCAAAUACGACAAUACCAAACUAUAA